AUGAACCAACAGAGAACAGAGUACAACAAAAAAACACAAGACAAACCAGGAGACCUAUUGGGCACCAUACCAUCAGCCAUCUCACCCGCAUCGACCCUGUCCGGGGAAGAACCGGUCCACACCGAUGAGCCCCCGGCGGCUGUCGGUGCGGGACCAUCGGACAACCCCCAGGCAAGUACUUUAGGUUCCCACAUCCUUGAUACAGUUAUGGUCCUGCUCCCUUGUUCUACAGCCACAACAAAAAACCACAAACGCAUCAACCAACGUACGGCGGAUUACCCGGCCGUCUCCGCUGCCCCGCCUAACGAUGGGACACUGUGUAGGCAGACCACCCGCCUAGAAUAUGUAAAACAAAUAACGCCGGACUCUCCGGCAACAAAGACGUUGACUGUAUUUCCCUCAACACCAAGUCAGUCCUGCGCAACUCCGAACACAUCUCUUGGCGACCCGGAGCCUCCCGGCAGGCCUCCAGCUGGAAGCCCCAGAGGACGACCGCCUGGUCGCACCGACCACAGACUUCAAACCGACCAGGCACAAGCCCUUAGCCCGAUAGCUGGAUGUUCGUGGCACCCAACAAGAUUCCGAAACAGAAGUUCCCGAGGAGAGGCAGCAAAAAACAGCAAAGUGGGCCGCCCACCAUACCAUCUGUCUUCACCGGAAGCACGACCUGCCAACCUACCACCACCCAGAAAACGGCAAAGGUCUACAACACCCCACACAGGCACCAGUCCAGAACCCAGAAGUAGGACCUUUGAGGAAAAUGCCUAUUCCCCUGCACUGGCCCUGUCCUGGGAUGUCCCGACUGAUGUCGACGAGCUCCAGGCGGCUGCCGGUACGGGGGGCCCGACUCCCCUCCGGAAAAAGAUCGCAACGCCCACAGCAGAAUCUUUAACAUCUCACAUCAAAUCCGGAAAAAGCAAUCAUUCUUCGACAAGGCAAAACGCCUCUCCCUCCGGACAGACCUUGGGCAGGGACGCACGAAAGACCACUGCAGAAAUACCACCGGCAAUCAAUUCCCCCGCAGAGGAAUCUACUGCCAGUAUCGGCUGGCUCUCCAACGGAAGGCCAUCCACCAGUAGCAACCGCCCCAAUGUCAAUUCCCCGGAACCCAGUUACCACACGCACCAAUACACACUAGCAAUACAGUGGAAUAUUAACAGUCUAAGAAACAACCUCGGAGAUCUGCAGAGGACCAUCGCCCAGACAAACCCUAUCUGUCUAGCCUUGCAGGAAACCCACAUCCGGAGAGAGACUGAUCCGACUCCCUGGCUCAGCAACCGUUAUUCCUGGGUGGCCUCGUCCGGAGCCAACAUUCAUCAAACGAUCGGUUUAGCUAUUCGAACAGAUGUACCAUCAGUACCGGUAGCAAUCAAGACGGAGCUGAUAGCAGUUGCCCGGAGAAUCAACUACCCGUUCGCGUGCACAGUGGUCUCAAUCUACCUCCCCCAGGGGGUGAACCAAGUCGGAGUAAAAUUGAACCAACUCAUCGAUCAACUCCCAACUCCAGUCCUGAUUAUGGGUGACAUGAACGCCCAUAACACCGCAUGGGGCUCUAUUCGAUGCAACCGCCGCGGCAACGACAUCCUUCAAACAGUAGAGAAAAAUGACCUCAUAAUACUUAAUGACGGAGCCACCACCUUCCUCCGGGGACGAGCCAUGUCCUCACUCGACCUCACCAUCUGCUCUCGUUCCAUCGCAAAGAAGCUUUUGUGGACCGUACUUCAUGACCAGAGAGGAAGUGACCACUACCCGAUUCACAUUUCCUACGACCGAAUACCUCCGUCGACAACCAGACGUAAACGCUGGCUUUAUAACAACGCUGACUGGGAGGAGUACGAGUCAAACCUUGCUGAUCGAAUCGAACCGGACCGGAUGUACUCACCAGAUGAAAUCGGCAACCUCAUCAUCCAAGCGGCAAAACCGUGCAUUCCUCGGACAAGUGGAGCAUCCCCCAAAAGGGCGGUACAUUGGUGGAACCCAGAAGUAGCCCAACUAAUUCGCGAACGCAGGAAGGCACUCCGAACCCUUCGAAGGACACCCAUCAAUCACCCUCUCUGGGAAGCACGAGCCAGCAACUACCGCCAACUUCGUAACACGGUCAGAAAAACCAUCACCGACGCCAAAGAAGCCAGUUGGAACGAAUUUCUUGACGGGAUCCAUACUGACUCACCAACCAGCGAACUAUGGAGAAAAAACAAUGCAUUAAGCGGGAAAAGGAGGCAUUUUGGAUACUCGCUCGAAAUCGACGGCAUCACAACCACCCAACCAAUCGAGAUUGCCAAUGAAUUAGGCCGCUACUUCUCCUCUCUAUCGGCCAAUACAUCUUUUUCGCAAGCCUUCCUCAGGAGGAAACAACAAGCUGAACUAUCUCCAAUCGUUUUUCCACCUGACAACGGCCCCGAGUACAAUCAGUUAUUCACGGGAAUGGAACUCACAGCAGCACUCAACCAAGGAAAAGGAAAAGCCACCGGUAUAGAUAAUAUCGGAUAUCCUCUCUUGAAACAUCUGCCUCCAGAGGGUAAAAGGGCACUGCUGGCCAGUUACAACAGGAUCUGGGAAGGCGGGUCUUUCCCAGAGUCCUGGAGUACCGCCCUCAUCAUACCACUUCCCAAAAGGAAUCAAGGCAAGAGAACGCCGAACGACUUUCGACCAAUAAGUCUGUUGCCGUGUACCGGAAAAGUCAUGGAAAGAAUGGUCAACAGAAGACUCAUUACCCUACUUGAAUCAGAAAAUCGCCUUGACCGUCGUCAAUUCGCUUACCGUAAAGGCCUUGGAACCGGUGUUUACCUUGGGUCUUUCCGGGAAAUAGUCGGGCAGGCCGUCGCUGAUGGAAUGCAUACGGACAUCGCCGUUCUGGACUUGGAGAAGGCCUAUAAUACCGUGUGGCGCCACGGAGUUCUUAGACAACUUCAACAGUGGGGAAUCCGGGGCAAUCUAGGGCAGUUUCUUCAACGCUAUCUACUCAACCGGCGAUUUCGUGUCGGCAUUGGUGGUAGCCAAUCCGACGUUUUUUGCGAAGAAAACGGAGUCCCUCAGGGAUCUGUACUGGCUGUGACCUUGUUUCUCGUCAGCAUUCAGUCUGUAUUUGCCCAUCUUCCGAAGGGAAUUUUCAUUUUCAUUUAUGCUGAUGACAUCAUACUAGUCGUCGUCGGUGAAUCCAGAAACCGCAACAAAAUCAAGUUGCAAGCGGCUGUAAACGCCAUCGGAAAAUGGGCAUCUUCGGUAGGUUUCCGGAUCUCCACCAGCAAAUGUGUUACUGCUCACUGUUGUCCAUAUAAUCACGUGGCAACUGGCAGACCAAUAAAACUCAACGGCUUCCUAAUACCCUUUAAGAAGGAACCGAAAAUACUUGGUGUAACAGUUGAUAGGAAGCUCACACUCCUUACGCACUUUCGGAAACUUAAACGGGACUGUGACAGUCGGAAAAGGCUUGUUCGCACCAUCUGCUCCCGACACCCGAGGAACAACCGCAAUACUGCCCUCUACAUCAUCCAAGCCCUAAUUCUCAGCCGCUUGUUCUAUGGUAUUGAGCUAACAUGCCAAAAUCUCGAAGGUCUGAUCAACACCCUUGCCCCACUUUACCAUGGAGCAGUACGCACUGCCUCCAACCUACUCCCCAGCACACCAGCAAAUAGUGCAUGUGUUGAAGCCGGAGUCUUGCCCUGCAGAUGGGCGACAGCACUAGUCACUCUGAGGCGAGCCCUCGGAUUCCUGGAAAGAACCUACGGAGGAGAUUGCCUGACACUUGACACAGCCAAACAAAUCCACAUGGAAUAUACCCAAACACCUCUUCCACCGCUAGCGGGUCUAGUCAGAGUGUGGCAUCGUCCAUGGAGUGUACGUGGCCCAAACCUGGACAUCAGCCUCUCUAGAUCAGUGGGGGCGGGCGCAGCUCCAAGUGUUGCACAAACGAAAUUUCUUGAAGUGAUUGAAAGAAGAUACGCAAACCACGCAAAGCUCUAUACAGACGGAUCCAAGUCUUACCAGGGUGUAGGGAUAGGAGUUAGUGGCAUUGGAGCCGCUCUCUCACUCCGCCUUCCAGCCACCUGCUCCGUUUUCUCGGCAGAGGCAGCUGCAAUCCUUCUGGCCAUACGCAGGAGGCAAGAGAAUCUUCCGACAGUGAUAUUAACAGACUCUUUAUCAGUGCUAUCAGCACUUCGAACAGGGGAGUCACGACACCCGUUUGUACAAGCCAUCGAAGCAACCUAUGACCCACUGACCACCAUCUGUUGGGUUCCGGGGCACAGCGGGAUCCAGGGAAACUUAGACGCCGAUCGGUUGGCCUCUCUCGGUAGAACCUCGCCCACAUCCUUUACCAAGAAGGUACCGAAAGAGGACAUUGUCAAGGCUUUUCACCAUUGCAUUGUUCAGCAUUUUACCAACCAUUGGAGAUCUUCUACCGGCUAUCUCCAGAAAAUUAAAGGAUCCAUUGACAAAUGGACGGACCGCCAGAACCAAACUGAGCAGAAGGUGCUCUCUAGGCUGCGUGUGGGGCACACCAGAGUCACUCAUCCGCAUACAGUUUCCAGAGUGGAUCCACCAGUAUGCAGCUCCUGCAACACUAGGCUCACCGUUGAGCACCUUCUGACCAACUGCCUGGAAUUUGCUGAUUUGCGUCGCUUCUAUAAUAUACCCACGUCUAUCAGAGACGCCCUAUCAAACGACUCGACGCAAGAAGAAGUUCUACUGCUUUUCCUCAAGGACGCCAAUAUCUUCGAUGCUGUGUAG